AAGUAAAAAGUUUAACGAAUGGAUCAUUAAUUAAUCAAGAUUGCUCUCAGUCUUUAAUAAGAACAAUGAGCAAUUCAACAGAUGAAUCACAAGAUUGUUCUCAGUCUUCAAGUUUAGAAACCCAAUCCAGAAGAUCCUCUACAAUUGAAGAAAAUGUUUUUAUCAAUAAUGACGAUCAGUCAAAUAAUAUUCAACGUGAAAACUCGUUAAUCUCAGGUUCUUCCUCGGUUAUUCUACCUUUCUCUUUUUCAAAAAGAGAUGUUAGUACUUUAGUUGAUCAACAUGUAGUUUUAAUCUAUCCAAAUAGCAAAA